UCAUCCAAUGACACAGGCGGAACGGUAAUCUCGCAAACGCAGAAAGGGGUUUAAGCCCAUAAACAAAAACCCUUCAUCAGUCAGAGCCUCGUUUUCUGCCUCCCAGAUUUUGUUCCUCCAAUUCGAAACCCUAGAAUUCCAACAUGAGCUACGCUGCAUACAAGAUGAUGCACUGGCCAACUGGUAUCGAGAACUGUGCUUCGGGGUUCAUCACCCAUUCUCGCGGCGACUUCGUGCCGCAAAUUCCGACCAACCCGCCCGACGAUCUCGAAUCGGAGUGGCCCGCCAGGCGAGGCAUUGGACCAGUACCGAAUCUCGUUGUCACCGCCGCUAACAUUCUUGAACUCUAUGUAGUUAGGGUUCACGAAAUGGGCACCCGGGAAGCUAGAAACUCUGGCUACUUGAAGCGUGGUGGCGUCAUGGAUGGGGUCUCCGGGGCUUCUCUCGAGCUUGUAUGCCAUUACAGGUUGCACGGUAAUGUUGAGUCAAUUGCGGUGCUAUCUGUAGGAGGUGGUGAGAGUUCUAAGAGAAGAGAUUCUAUUAUUCUGACAUUCAAAGACGCCAAAAUUUCCGUUUUGGAAUUUGAUGAUUCAAUCCAUGGUCUUCGCAUCAGCUCUAUGCAUUGUUUUGAGGGCCCAGAGUGGCUUCAUUUGAAAAGAGGUAGAGAAUCAUUUGCAAGAGGGCCGUUGGUAAAGCUUGAUCCGCAAGGAAGGUGUGGCGGCGUUAUUGUUUAUGGUUUGCAAAUGAUAGUACUUAAGGCUGCUCAGGCUGGUUUUGUUGGAGAUGAUGAUGCUUUUAGUUCUGGAGGUGCCAUUUCUGCUCGUAUUGAAUCAUCUUAUGUUGUAAAUUUACGAGAUUUGGAUAUGAAGCAUGUAAAAGAUUUUAUAUUUAUACACGGUUACAUUGAGCCUGUGAUGGUUAUCCUCCAUGAGCGGGAGCUUACUUGGGCCGGACGUCUUGCAUGGAAGCAUCAUACUUGUAUGAUUUCUGCCCUCAGUAUCAGCACUACUCUGAAGCAGCACCCCCUCAUAUGGUCAGCUACUAAUCUUCCUCAUGAUGCUUACAAGCUACUUGCUGUGCCUUCGCCAAUUGGUGGUGUUCUUGUGAUUAGCGCAAAUGCUAUUCACUAUCAUAGUCAGUCAUCCUCUUGUGCUUUGGCUUUAAACAAUUAUGCUGUCUCCGCUGAUAGCAGUCAAGAGCUGCCAAGAGCAAGUUUUAGUGUGGAACUUGAUGCCGCCAAUGCAACUUGGUUAAAUGAUGUAGCAUUACUGUCAACAAAAACCGGGGAGCUACUCUUGCUGACCCUUGUUUAUGAUGGCCGGGUUGUGCAGAGACUUGAACUUUCUAAGUCUAAAGCUUCAGUACUUACUUCGGAGAUUACGACAGUUGGAAAUUCAUUAUUUUUUCUGGGUAGUCGUUUGGGAGACAGUUUGCUUGUGCAAUUUUCAUGCGGAUCGGGGGCCUCUAUGUCGUCAUCUGGUUUGAAGGAAGAGGUUGGAGAUAUUGAAGGUGAUGUUCCUUCAGCAAAGCGACUGCGAGGAUUUUCUUCUGAUGGUUUGCUAGAUAUGGUCGAUGGUGAGGAGCUUUCUUUGUAUGGUUCAGAUCCAAAUAACACAGAAUCGGCACAGAAAAGUUUCUCUUUUACUGUGAGAGAUUCGUUAAUCAAUGUUGGUCCUUUGAAGGACUUCUCAUACGGUCUAAGGAUUAAUGCUGACACAAAUGCAAGUGGAAUUGCCAAACAAAGUAAUUAUGAAUUGGUGUGCUGUUCAGGUCACGGAAAGAACGGGGCUCUCUGUGUUCUUCGGCAGUCAAUCCGCCCAGAAAUGAUUACUGAGGUUGAGCUACCUGCUUGCAAAGGUAUUUGGACUGUUUACCACAAGAAUGCUCGCAGUUAUAGUGUAGAUUCUUCUAAGAUUUCUUCUGGUGAGGAUGAGUAUCAUGCAUAUUUGAUUAUAAGCUUGGAGGCUCGCACGAUGGUUCUUGAAACUGCUGAGCAUUUGACUGAAGUCACUGAAAGUGUGGGCUAUUAUGUGCAAGGAAGAACGAUUGCUGCUGGAAAUUUAUUUGGAAGGCGUCGAGUUGUCCAGGUCUAUGAACGUGGCGCUCGAGUUCUCGAUGGUUCAUUUAUGACCCAGGAUUUGAACUUUGCCACUCCCAAUGUGGAACCAGGUUCUGGUUCUGAGAGUUCCACUGUGUUGUCUGUUUCUAUUGCUGAUCCCUAUGUGUUACUGAGAAUGAGUGAUGGAAGUAUUCGGCUUCUUGCUGGAGAUCCUUCUAGUUGUACUAUUUCAAUAAGUACUCCCACUUCCUUUGAGAUUUCAAGGAGAUCAGUAUCUGCUUGUACAUUGUAUCAUGAUAAAGGACCAGAGCCAUGGGUUCGGAAGACAAGCACCGAUGCAUGGCUUUCUACAGGAGUUGGUGAGGUCAUUGAUGGCGUAGAUGGCGGAGCACAUGAUCAGGGUGAUAUAUACUGUGUUGUUUGUUAUGAAAGUGGUGCCCUCGAAAUAUUUGAUGUGCCAAAUUUCAAUUGCGUUUUCUCUGUGGAUAAAUUUGUAUCUGGGAAAACUUUACUUGUUGACACCUAUAUCCGGGAACAACCCAAUGAUCUCCAGAAAGCGAAGGACAAAAGUUCAGAAGAGGUGGGUAGCCAAAGCAGGAAAGAGAAUGUUCAGAACAUGAAGGUUGUUGAGUUGGCCAUGCAGAGAUGGGCUGGACAUCAUAGUCGCCCUUUCCUUUUUGGAAUAUUAACUGAUGGAACAAUUCUUUGUUACCAUGCUUACCUAUUUGAAGGUUCAGAAAGUUCAUCAAAAGUGGAGGAUUCUGUUUUUGAACAAAGCUCUGUUGGAUCAAGCAAUGGUAAUGCUUCUAGGCUUAGAAAUUUGAGAUUUGUUCGCAUCCCCUUAGACACUUACACUAGAGAGGAGAUGUCAGAAGGAGCCCCAUGCCAAAGAAUUACCAUUUUUAACAAUAUUAGUGGUUAUCAAGGAUUUUUCCUUUCUGGAUCAAGACCAGCUUGGUUUAUGGUAUUCAGAGGACGGCUACGAGUUCAUCCACAGCUGUGUGAUGGAUCUAUUGUUGCUUUUACUGUUCUUCACAAUGUGAAUUGUAAUCAUGGGCUCAUAUAUGUUACAUCACAGGGCCUUUUGAAGAUAUGCCAAUUGCCAUCUACUUCAAGCUAUGAUAAUUUUUGGCCUGUGCAAAAGAUUCCACUGAAAGGCACCCCACAUCAAGUCACAUACUUUGCUGAGAAGAAAUUGCAUGCUCUUAUAGUAUCAUUUCCUGUUCAGAAGCCAUUGAAUCAAGUUGUUUCUUCUCUGGUUGAUCAAGAAGCUGUCCAUCAGAUUGAGAAUCAACAUUUGAAUUUUCAGACUUAUACUGUUGAUGAAUUUGAGGUCCGUAUUUUGGAACCGGGAAAAUCAGAUGGUCCUUGGCAAACAAAAGCUACAAUCCCAAUGCAAAGUUCUGAAAAUGCUUUGGCUGUGCGAGUAGUUACACUCUUUAAUACGACGACACAAGAGAAUGAAACACUUUUGGCUAUUGGUACUGCAUAUGUUCAAGGGGAGGACGUCGCAGCGAGAGGCCGUGUGCUUUUGUUUUCAAUUGGAAAGCAUACUGAUAGUUCUCAUAAUUUGGUUUCGGAGGUUUAUUCCAAGGAAUUGAAGGGAGCUAUAUCAGCUUUAGCUUCACUUCAAGGUCAUCUGUUGAUUGCCUCUGGUCCCAAAAUCAUAUUACAUAAAUGGACUGGCACUGAGUUAAAUGGUGUUGCAUUUUAUGAUGUUCCACCGUUACACGUUGUGAGCUUAAAUAUUGUCAAAAAUUUUAUCCUGUUGGGUGACAUUCACAAAAGCAUAUACUUCCUAAGUUGGAAGGAGCAGGGAUCUCAACUUACUUUAUUGGCCAAGGAUUUUGGCUCGCUUGAUUGUUUUGCGACAGAGUUCUUGAUUGAUGGAAGUACUCUAAGCCUCAUGGUUUCAGACUGCGAAAAGAAUGUUCAGAUAUUCUAUUAUGCCCCUAAAAUGUCUGAGAGUUGGAAGGGACAAAAGCUUCUCUCAAGGGCUGAAUUUCAUGUUGGCGCCCAUGUGACUAAGUUCCUGCGGUUGCAGAUGCUACCAGCUUCAUCUGAUCGAGCUGGUGCUGCUCCAGGCUCUGAUAAAACCAAUCGAUAUGCUUUAUUAUUUGGCACCCUGGAUGGCAGCAUUGGAUGUAUAGCUCCUCUCGAUGAACUCACAUUUCGUAGGUUGCAGUCGCUUCAGAAAAAGCUUGUUGAUGCUGUCCCUCAUGUUGCGGGCUUGAAUCCAAGAUCAUUCCGCCAUUUCCACUCAAAUGGAAAGGCUCAUCGGCCUGGCCCUGAAAGCAUAGUGGACUGCGAGCUGCUUUCCCAAUAUGACAUGCUGCCCCUCGAAGAGCAGCUUGAAAUUGCUCAACAGAUUGGGACAACUCGUGCGCAAAUUCUCUCAAAUUUGAACGACCUUUCUCUGGGAACAAGCUUCUUGUGAGUGCAGUGGAUCAGAAAUCUUCUCGUGGGAUAAUAUUAAAGCAGACAACAGCUUAAAGAAGGGGCAGUAUAUGAUGAUCUAUGGCUGAGGCUCGAACUUCUGCUUUGUUUCUUGAAACAGGGGGACUUUCAAUUGGAUAGUAUUUCUUCUUGCAAAAAACUAAGGUAUGAGGUUUUGUCCACAUCAGACCUUUAAGAGCGGCCUUGGGCAGGACAAGUACAAAAUUUACAAUUUGUGUAUGUGUAUGUUGGGCUGCCAUCUGCAGAUUUCCUUGAUCAGCCGUUAGGAAAUUAUAUUUGUUAUCAUUGUCUUUGUAUUUUAAGACUAUUGGAAGUGGACUGUAUCUUAAUUUCUGAAUAGAUAAUUGACCGAUCUCAAUGUAAGAUUAAUGAAUUGUAGAGCAUUAUGUAAAACUUACACACUGUAAGAGGAACAUUUGGCUGGUGAAAUUUAUUUGCAUCUUAGAACAGAA